CAAUCCUGGACGUCCAUUCCCUCCCUCCCUCUCCUCCUCCCCCACCACCACCACUAGACCAAGCACAGGAAACGGCACAUUUUUCUAUCCAAAGUAAAAUCCAACCCAUUUCUCUGCCUCCCAAGCUCCAGCUUUCCUCUCCCCUCCCCUCCGCUUCCUCAGCUGGAGUCCAGACGCUCUCCCCAACAUCUGCCACGUAGCGAGCGAGCGACGCAGGCACAAGGAACCCCUCGUCCAUCCAUACAUCCCUCAUCCUCCAUACAUCCCUCCUCUUCCAAUCGUCCCUCGUCCAUCCAGCCCCUCGUCCAUCCAUACAUCCCCCAUCCUCCAUACAUCCAUCACUCCUCCAUACAUCCAUCCCCCCUCGUCCAUACAUCCCCCUCUUCCAUCCAUCCCCCUCGUCCAUACAUCCAUCCAUCCCUCCCUCCUCUUCCAUCCAUCCCUCCCUCCUCUUCCAUCCAUCUCCCUCGUCCAUACAUCCCUCAUCAUCCAUACAUCCAUCACUCCUUAUCCAUACAUCCAUCCCCCCUCGUCCAUACAUCCCCCCCUAGCCCCCCCCCCGUUCUCUCUGUGGUCCGAAGGGCAGCAGAGUCGCCUCCAGCCCAAGCGACUCGUGGCCCCGGCCGCUGAAGACUGGACUCGAACCCAGGAACUCGGUGGACGUCUUGUGAACAUUCGCCCGCGGUGAACGAGCAGCAGCGUCGCCAACAAAGAGUUCCCCGCCCGCCCUACAACAUGAUGGUUCUCAAGUCUAAGCUGAGCGCCCUGGUGUUCGGGAAGGAUCAAGAGGUCGCGCCCCUCACCAGCGACUCGGAGGCCAUCGAGCUCGCCCCCACGGCGCCCCUCGUCCCACCGCCCUCGCAUCCCGGACACGCGGUCACGUACCUGGGCAAGGUGCGCCUGUUCCCCGCGCCCGCCCUGGGCCCCGGCUGCACCGACGGCGCCGUCCAGGAGAUGUGGGCCCUGAAGGCCGAGGAGCCCAACCUCGCUCGCCCUGCACGCCUCGAGAUCCGGCCCUUUCACAUCCGCAUGCACGUGCAGCUGCCGCCCUCUCACACCACCUCCACCACCACCACCUCCUCCACGUCUUGCGAGCGGGCAAAGCUGGCCGGUGAGGAGGACCCGGAGGACGAUGACGAGAACGAAGAGGAGGAUGAGAACGACGACGACGACGAGGAGGAGGAGGGCGGCGUGGCGACGGCGGCCGUGCGUGCGCAGCGGCUGCUGUGGCGCAAGAAGCGGCACAGCGGUGGCAAAGGAGGAGGAGCGGCGGAACAGCGGCGGAGACGGCGCCGUCAGCGGAGGCAGCCGCGGGAGGGGGGCGGCUGGCGCACGGACUCGUUCGACGUGGCACGCGUCGCGUUCUGCUCAGCCGAGCACCGCGCCAGCGGCCUGGUCUUCGCGUGGCUCUACCGGGAGCACCACGGCGGCGGGGGCGGCAACGGCGCGGGGGACGGCACGGCGCCGGCGCUGUCGUGCCACGCCGUCGAGUGCCAGAGCGCCGAGCAGGCCAAGCGGCUGGCGCACACCAUGAUGGAGGCGUUCACGCGCACCCUGUGCGGGAUGCGCGGCGGCGGCGGCGGUGGCGGCGGCAAGGACUGUGGCGCCGCGACGACGGCGCCGGCGGCGGCGAGCACCGCCGCGGGAGAGGGCUGGCAGGUCGCCACGGCAACUGCGGGAGUCGUCGUCGGAGGAGGAGCGGAGGACCUCAAGGUCUCCGUGGACACGGGCAGCGGCUGCUUCGGAGUGAGACCUUGAGGGGGGGUGCGAGGGGAUUCGUCCGUCGUCGAGGCGACCGCGACGUGGGCCUUGCCGGGAAGCCACCGAUCAAGCUGUGCUGGACGCGUUCAGUCAACUCUCGCUUAUCCUGACGACGCCGUCGCCUUUCCCCACUGCUGCCCUCCCAGUCGCUUCGCUCGCCGGCCCUCGACGAGUGAGGAGCGAAACUCCCCUGAGCUGUCAAGCCGAUCUGCCGUGUGAGGAAAAGAGAUUUUAUUUAUUUUUUAUGGGACGCACGGCUAACCCCGGGGCUCCGGGAUGGGGGGAAUAAUCGACGGUUGACUGCGCUCAGAGUUCUGUGUGUAUCUAUACGUAUAAGAGAUUGUUGAAUUAUUUAAGCCAAAGCAUAUGGUAUUCAUUUUGUUGUUGUUCUUGUUGUUGUAAACGCUAAAGCCAACCUGCAGAGUUACUGGCCAGUUAAAAAGCCAUCGGGCGAUUGUGCAACGCGUCGGAGGUGAUUUGAGGAAGCUCUCGCUUGCCGGGUCGUGGACUAGAGGCGCUCUCUCUCUCUCUCUCUCGGUCCACGUUCUCCACGUUUGGGCGAUGUGCUGCUCUCCCCGAAAUUUCAAAGCAAAGGUUGAGGGUGCGUCGUACGAUCCGAUAGGUGUGAGUGCGUGUGAGUGCGUGUGAGUGCGUGUGUGCGUGCGAGUGCGUGCGAGUGUGCGUGCGAGUGCGUGUGUGUGAGAGUGUGUGUGCGUGUGAGUGCGUGUGUGUUUGUGGGAAGCGGUGGUGUCGUGGUUUGCGUGCCGGUCUACGAACCACCCGAGUACGAUUCCUGCUCGUGACCAACACCGGUGACGAUUAUCUGAACUGGUCCUGAGCCUUCCCUAGGUCGACUCGGCGUCAAAAUAGUACCUGGUGCGGUGUUUAAACAUCGCCACUGGGGAGACAAAGGCGGCCGGGCAUCACUGAGGCUGAGAACUAUUUUAGAGGACAGGGGGGGGUCCAGCUUUGUCAUUUUUUGUUCUCCGAGCUCCUUUUGAAUAGAAUGAGUAUUUUUAAUCGCAUCGGUGGGGAAACUGGAGAAUUCCGAGACGAACUUAGCACGAGUACGAGACGGUGACACCCACUCGCAGGUCCACACAGAUGGGUUCACAAACCCACUUUCUGUGCUGCCACCUCGCAGCUCGGCGAGUUCCACAAUUCUCUCCGUGAUCCACUAACCCCUUGCUGCCCAUGAGCUGCUUUUCGCAGGUGUGGAGGAGGAGGGGGGUGUUGUAAAAGUUAACCACCUUUUAUCCCCGACAAAGAUAUGGUAUGCGUAUUUAAUUUGUGAAAGCGGUGGUGAAUCUCAAUGUGAUCCCACCGAGCUCAAUAAAGGACUUUUAAACUUGGGGGUGAUAGGUGUUCAAGUAAGUUCCGGCGUUAGGCCUUUGAAUGUCGGUGCAUGCGGAGGAGUCCAGGAAUAUCGUGGCAGGGAUAGGGUGAGCAACUUGGGAGGCUGGGAAUUGAACGUGGCAGGAAAGUGUUUUUUAGUGUAAUUGGGAAGAGGAGGAGGGAUGUAGUGAUGGGUGGGACGCGUGGUGUGCAAGGUGCAGGAGGUGGUGAUGGGUGGGACGAGUGGUGUGCAGGGUGGAGGAGGUGGUGAUGGGUGGGACGAGUGGUGUGCAGGGUGC